AUGAAUCCAUGUCAGACGAGCGACGACUGUGAAACGACAGCACAAGCGAAGCCAGAUUUGGAGCUUAUCGUUAAGGCGAGUGAUUUUGCGGCUUGUCGUCAUCGUUUUCAGCGACGAAAAGAUAAAGACCAAACACCAUACAUUAAUCAUCCAUUAGGUGUGGCCAAUAUUCUAGUGAGUGAAGCAAAAGUUUUUGAUUCAUCAACAAUUGCUGCUGCAAUUCUUCACGAUACCGUGGAGGAUACAAACACAACUCCAGAAGAAAUUCAGGAAGAGUUUGGCGAAGAAAUUCGCAGUAUAGUAGUUGAAUGCACAGAUGACAAAACGCUGAGUAAAAUGGCUCGAAAGCAAGCCCUGAUCGAUAGUGCGUCUCGGAAGUGUCAUAAGGCGAAGCUGGUUAUUUUGGCCGAUAAAUUGUAUAAUUUACGUGAUUUGGAACGCGCUACACCAGUUGGUUGGAGUGCUCAUCGAGUAGGUGAAUAUUUCAUGUGGGUUAAAUGUGUGCUUGCGAAACUCAGAGGUACAAAUGCGGCGCUUGAAUCAGCUCUUGAUAAUAUUAUCAAUAGAAAUUUGAAGUGA